GUGGAGCAGCUUGGCUGCUUUGUCAUAAACGGAGCGACGUAUUUUCCACCUGUCCUUUACCGGGAGUUAGCGAUCCCUUAACCCCUGCACUGCGCUAGUGCUAAAGAGGAAAUGUCUCUACGCUGCGGGGAUGCAGCCCGCACCCUGGGGCCCCGGGUAUUUGGGAGAUAUUUUUGCCACCCAGUCAGACCGUUAAGUUCCUUGCCAGAUAAAAAAAAGGAACUCUUACAGAAUGGACCAGACCUUCAAGAUUUUGUAUCUGGUGAUCUUGCAGACAGGAGCACCUGGGAUGAAUAUAAAGGAAACCUAAAACGCCAGAAAGGAGAAAGGUUAAGACUACCUCCAUGGCUAAAGACAGAAAUUCCCAUGGGGAAAAAUUACAAUAAACUGAAAAGUACUUUGCGGAAUUUAAAUCUCCAUACAGUAUGUGAGGAAGCUCGAUGUCCCAAUAUUGGAGAGUGUUGGGGAGGUGGAGAAUAUGCCACCGCCACAGCCACAAUCAUGUUGAUGGGUGACACAUGUACAAGAGGUUGCAGAUUUUGUUCUGUUAAGACUGCAAGAAAACCUCCUCCACUGGAUGCCAGUGAGCCCUACAAUACUGCAAAGGCAAUUGCAGAAUGGGGUCUGGAUUAUGUCGUCCUGACAUCUGUAGAUCGAGAUGAUAUGCCUGAUGGGGGAGCUGAACACAUUGCAAAGACUGUAUCAUAUUUAAAGGAAAGGAAUCCAAAAAUCCUUGUGGAAUGUCUUACUCCUGAUUUUCGAGGUGAUCUCAAAGCAAUAGAAAAAGUUGCUCUGUCAGGAUUAGAUGUGUAUGCACAUAAUGUAGAAACAGUCCCGGAAUUACAGAGUAAGGUUCGUGAUCCUCGGGCCAAUUUUGAUCAGUCCCUACGUGUAUUGAAACAUGCCAAGAAGGUUCAGCCCGAUGUUAUUUCUAAAACAUCUAUAAUGUUGGGUUUAGGCGAGAAUGAUGAGCAAGUAUAUGCAACAAUGAAAGCACUUCGUGAGGCAGAUGUAGACUGCUUGACUUUAGGACAAUAUAUGCAGCCAACAAGGCGUCACCUUAAGGUUGAAGAAUAUAUUACUCCUGAAAAAUUCAAAUACUGGGAAAAAGUAGGAAAUGAACUUGGAUUUCAUUAUACUGCAAGUGGCCCUUUGGUGCGUUCUUCAUAUAAAGCAGCUCAUCAAGUUUGAAAACCCAAGAAUUUGAUUCAGCACUGACUGACAGAAUGUGCGGACUUUGAAAACCAGUAAUUGUAAGUGAUUUAGUCUUCAAGCAGCACUGCUGGCAAGCUAAAAAUGCAUGUGAAGGAUAGAACCAUUAUCAGCUUCUAGAAUGGUUAGAGUAACAUCCUUUGAAAGGAAUUUUUCUUUUGCUAAAGAAAAAUUUCUAACAUAAAAGGAAGUAAAUUAUGAACUUUCUGAUGCUUUCUAAAUUACCAGGAAAAGAUCAGAUUCUGGUACAUGAUGAACAUUAGACUAAAAUGAGGGAUUAGGGUCUGGUAAAGUUGGUGCUACUCCCACGACAUUUGGAGGAGGUAUGGAGCAGCAUGGAUUACUUGGCUGGGUUAUGAGCCUUGGGAUUUGCAGAGAUUAUAUGUAGAUACACUCAUCACAGUUCUACUCAUAUGUAAGAUGGCAAAGAGAAGUUAAUCAGACUCAUAAAAUCAGGCCUCUAGUGCUGCACUCUACCAAUAAGCAUUGAGUCAUGCUGUAAGAGUGAUAGACUAAAUGGAACACUAAUGGCCUAAAAAGAGAAUGUGCCCUCUAAGCUGCUAACUUAUUGCAUAGGCACAACUCAGGCGGUGGGGAGAAAGCCCAUUACAAAUGAAGAGCUCUUGCUUCCCUAGAGGGGAAUAAGCUAAAGAAAUUCCAUCAGAUGCGUCUGCUCAACUGCAAUGAGGUCUGUUUUAUAAAUAUCAGAUCCAGCCUAAUAAUGUAGCAAAAUUGCUCUUGGAAAUGAAUUUUGCCAAGAGCAAUACUUUGACAGUGAUGAGGGAGAGAUAGUGCACAUAAAGUAGAAUAAAUGUGCAGACCCAUGUAUACAGUAGGGUCACCCUUUGUAAUAUUGGGUUACUAGAAAGAAUAAUAGUAGGAGACUCUAGUCAUUAUUGCUGGGGAGAAGGGCCAAAGACAUAGGGGAUAUUUAGGUUAGAAAAAUAUUGCCAUUGAGGUUUGAGAAGAGAGAAGUGCCAAUAAAUACAAAAGUCUUCUUUAAAGGGGAAAUACCAAAAAUAUAAUUCUGAAACAGUUGUCUCACUGUUAUUUACUUUAAAUUGAUAUUAAUGUGUUUUCCUUU